GGCCCGAGUUGGCCUACGUGGCGGCAGCGCAACCGGCGGGCGGGCUGGGAGGAGGGACGGAGGCGGGAGGCGGGCCGGAAAGUUUGUUGGCGGCCGAGGCGGGGACUCCGGCGGGGGGGAUGCGCGCCGGCCCCAGCGCCCCCAGCUCGCGCGGGAGUCGUGCUCGCCAUGGGCCGUCCCCACCUGCUCCUGCCCCUGUGUGCCUCUGUGUCUCUGCUGGGUGGCUUGACCUUUGGUUACGAACUGGCGGUCAUAUCAGGCGCCCUGCUGCCCCUGCAGCUUGACUUUGGGCUAUCCUGCUUGGAGCAGGAGCUCCUGGUGGGCAGCCUGCUCCUGGGGGCUCUCCUGGCCUCCUUGGUGGGAGGCGUCCUCAUCGACCGCUAUGGCAGGAAACAAGCCAUCCUCGGCAGCAAUGCAGUGCUCCUGGCAGGCAGUGUGAGCCUGGGCCUGGCUGGGUCCCUGGCCUGGCUGGUCCUGGGCCGCCUGGUGGCUGGCUUUGCCAUCUCCCUCUCUUCCAUGGCCUGCUGUAUUUAUGUGGCGGAGCUGGUGGGGCCACGGCAGCGGGGAGUGCUGGUGUCCCUCUAUGAGGCCGGCAUCACCCUGGGGAUUCUGUUGUCCUAUGCACUCAACUAUGCCCUGGCUGGUGUCCCCGGGGGGUGGAGGCAUAUGUUCGGCUGGGCCGUGGCUCCUGCUCUGCUGCAGUCCCUCAGCCUCUCCUGUCUCCCUGCUGGUACCACUGAGGCUGCACCCUGCAGGGACCUCAUUCCUCUCCAGGGAAGUGAGGCCCCCAAGCUGGCGAGGCCGAGCUACUCCCUUCUGGACCUCUUCAGGGCCCGGGAUAACAUGCGAGGCCGGACCGUGGUGGGCCUGGGACUGGUGAUCUUCCAGCAGCUAACCGGGCAGCCCAAUGUGCUAUGCUACGCCUCCACCGUCUUCCACUCGGUUGGCUUCCGUGGGGCCUCCUCCGCCGUGCUGGCUUCCGUGGGGCUCGGCGCCGUGAAGGUGGUGGCUACACUGAUGGCACUGGGGCUGGUGGACCGAGCGGGCCGCAGGGCGCUGUUACUGGCUGGCUGUGCCCUCAUGGCCCUCUCGGUCAGUGGCAUCGGCCUCGUGAGCUUGGCUGUGCCCAUGGACUCCGGCCCAGGCUGCCUGGCUGCGCCCAACGCCAGCGGGCCGUCUGGCCUCCCUGGAGACUCGAGCCUGCCCCAGAGGCCUGUCACUCCACACCCCCCACCAACGACCCGCCAGAACCCAGGGGAGCCAGGCUUGCCAGCCUCUAAGAAAAUCAAGACCCUCACAGCCCCUCCGUGGCCUGUUUUGGGCACCGCUACCCCCACGCCCCCCUCCGCCCCGGAGCGCGCCGCACUGCACUGGGCCGCGCUGGUCUGCAUGAUGGUCUUCGUGAGCGCCUUCUCCUUCGGGUUUGGACCAGUGACCUGGCUUGUCCUCAGCGAGAUCUAUCCCGUGGAGAUCCGAGGCAGAGCCUUCGCCUUCUGCAACAGCUUCAACUGGGCGACCAACCUCCUUGUCAGCCUCUCCUUCCUUGACCUCAUCGGUGCCAUUGGCUUGUCCUGGACCUUCCUGCUCUAUGGGCUGACUGCUGUCCUCGGCCUGGGCUUCAUCUAUGCAUUUGUCCCUGAAACAAAAGGCCAGUCCUUGGCAGAGAUAGACCAGCAGUUCCAGAAGAGAAGGUUUGCCCUGAGCUUUGGCCCCAGGCGGAGGUCUGCCCGCAUUCCAUACACCCGCAUUGAGGUCUCUGCAGCCUCUUGAAGAGCUCAUCUGCCUGGAAGAUGCUGGAACCAUGGCUUUAGCAGAUAGUCUCCAGUUUCCUGCUUGCCUGGCCCCUGGAGCACGAGUUCUCGGAGGUCCUGUAAGUCAUCCCUGCUCCAGAGGAGGUCUUUGGGCCCAGGUGAAAGAGGAGAAAGUUUGAGAACCCAAAUGUCUUCCUUUUGACUCUCAGGCUCUGAGGGGUCCUGAGGAUCUGCCUUCUUGCCUCAGUGUCCCCGCGUCUUUGCACAUCCCCGCAGUACUUAUAAUGACAACAUCUCAUGGAGGCUGUUGCUUUCUCAAAGAACCUCUAAGAUCCCAGCCUUGGAAGGAAGUUUCCUCUGGCCUCACCCCCAAAUCCAGAUGAGGAGACUAUAUUCUCUGCUCUGUUUUCCCAUCUGGCUGGGACUUUCUGGUGAGGGGAAGCCUGCUUUUGUCAUUCACCAGCAACUCGGACUGGUGGAGGGAGAAGAGGCGUGAGUUCCAACCUUGCUUCUCUGGUGUCAUGGCUGUAUGACCAUAGGCCUCAGUUUUCCCCAUAUGUAUAAUGGGCAACCCGGACCAAGGAGUUCUUAAGAUCGCUUCCUCUGCCAAUGAGCUGGAAUUCUAAGUGCUGCUAAGAUAGCGCGUAUUCAGCAUGGCCCCUCCUCCUAAGUGGUGGGCCAUCUCUUUAGUGAAGUCAGUUUUAAUUAGGGGAGCCAGCCAUAAAUAGAAUUCCAGAAUCGUGGGCACUAAAACCCAAGAGCUUCCACGGUGCAUGAAGCCAGCUCCAGGAGCUGUUUCCAGAAUAUGCAGGAAAGCUUUGCAGAACGGAGGUGGGUUUGGAGGCCAACAAGCCCGGCUGUUGGCAUUGCGUGUCUCCUGGCCGCUGUUGAACUUGGCUUGCUAACAGUUCUCACUAGCCUCGGGUCCCGCAUCUGCAGAAUGGGGAUGAUUAGGCCCCCGGGGUGUACUUAACCCUUGUCUUCCUGCAGGGGGGUCUGCAGCUGGUCUUAUUCAGCUAGUUGGGGCCUGGCAGGGAAGGGUGGGGGUGGGGGGGUGAGGUUUCUGCUCACCGUGUUACUCAGGUCCCCACCUGUGGGACAUUGUUCAGGGUCAGACCCUGACAGGUGAGUCAGAUGGAGACUGAGCAAGAAGGCUGGAAGUCACCAGAGGAAGGGCCUGGCAGGAGUGAGGUACCAGAUGCUGGGGAAAAUGAAGAGCUGAAGCAGACUGGGGAGCCGGUGUGGGAUGACGCUUUGUCGUCCAUGCCUGCUCCAUACCCACAGGACUCUCGACUUCUCUCCUCUGGUUCUAGAUGCUUCCCUUGCACCCAGUGAUGGGCAGGAGGCCCCUCCUUACCUUGUGAGAGCCCCUUCUUACAUUUUCGGGACUUUGGCCAGCUGGCUGUUAAACAGCCAUUUAAAGAUAACUUUAAAUUAAAAAGUUAAAACUUUAAUUUAAAGAUAACUUUUAAUUAAAAAUUUAAAACUCCUUUUAAAUGAUGGAAUAUUUCAAUAAGUUAUAUUAAAAGCCAAAGUAAUAAAUACUAAAACCUCAUCACUUCCUUACUUUGCUACAUUUUACUGUCAUCUGGGCUCCUGAGGUGACAUGCAUGUAGUCUGUCUUAGGAGAGACACAGGGGAGAUCCUCCGCGUCUCCCGAUUCUGGGUACGAGGCGUCAUCAUGCCCACGGGGGUGACGUGGCACCACAGGGAUGGGGGAACCCUACAAGGCAGCUUGACUUGUUGUUUCCUUGAUGUUCCCGCCUUAAGCGUGUGAUGGAUAAAAUGUUAAUAAUGUAAAUUAACCUUGCGCGUGUGUCGGUCAAGUCUGUAGCUGAGACAUGGCGAGUGGCCCUAAGAAUUGAGGGAAUAGUCUUUCACUUUCGAAUGCUAUUGCCCAAAGCAACAUACAGGUGGCUCACAUCAUCUCUGAAGGUGUUCUGACCCACAUCUUCCUUGUUUUACUUUCGUCUGACUCAUUAACGUCAACAACGCCUUCCCGUCGAAACUACGCCCGCUCUGCAGAGACGAGACGGGAGGGGCUCCUUUGCUGAGUCGGAUUGCUGUCCCGCAUUUAUUCCUGGUCUGUUUUUGUCAACUGAUGGCAAAAUUGCAGUGAUAGUUGGUUUUGGAUACAAGAAUUUGGCAACAAAUAAAUUCAUCUGCAAGAAUGAGUUGGCUCUAUAGAAUGUAUAAAGGAUAUUUACGAGAGUGUUAUUAGUUGUAAAUCUGUGAAUUUUGUGUAAUAAACAGAUAAAAUCUAUACACACACUUACCAGCACGCCACUCCUUUUAUCUGACCUCAUGGGGCCUCCAGAUCCAAAUGUCUCUACAAAGACCCCCAGGACUCUCUCAAUUCCCCUUUCCUGUCAGCCUAGAGAAUGCUUAGACUAAUCUUAGAGUGGUCAGGGUUACACACUCAGUGGUCAGACAGGGAAUGUAAACGAUUAGACCCCUGUGGUAAGACAACAGGGAGCAGUGAGGUCUGUGGAAAAUGGCGAACACAGGCCCUCUGUAAAAGGGAGAGCUGACCAAUUCCAGCUGGCGCCUGCCGUGCCCAUCAUGGCCUGACCAUCUGUACUUGCAAGGAAAUCCAGAAGUUCAGACCUUGAUGCAAAGUUUCCUGAUUUAUUCAUAACGGCAGCUGAUUCUUAAGUGAAAAGUAGCUUUUAAGCUCAACAGAACACGCCUGUGGCUGAAUCAUGCAUGGCCUUCCGUUUGUGCCUCGGCUCUUGGUAACUUUCCCUCUGAGGCAUUCCUCUCCUCUGCAUUCCGGAAGCCCCCAGCUUAAUCUCUGUAAAGAGUCAUGGCUUUGGAAAUCAAUGCCAAGCCCAUCGAGUAGCCCAGCAGCGUGAAUUGAAUGAGUCAGAGGAGGUGUUCUUGAACAUGGAGGAUGCAUCAUGGAGGGAAGAAAGGGUUCGUAUCUCAAACAUACAGAACUGGCACAGUUAGGUGUGGGACUCGGGUGAUGGCUCAUCUGUGUAACAGGGAUGAUACUGUUAACUAUUUAGAGAUGACAUAUAUCAAUCACGAGUUACGAGCAGGGACCAUUGGUGCCCACAAAUGGUUCAGUCCCAGCAGCGCCCCCCCGGGAGUGUCUGGCCCAGGAGGAGGAGGAUGGAGAGGGCAGGAACCAGGUGGCCGUACAUAAUUGGGGGGAGGGCGUCAAAGAAACCUAAAAAUGUGUGGUACCUACUAGGUGCCCAGUAGUCUUUAACCAGAGAAGAUGCAUGGUCUGUUCCAUGAUCUCCAGGACGGGUGAUGGGAAGUUCUCUUUUUCCCAGAUAAUCUCAGAAUCACUUCAG